UCAUCAUCCCUCAGCUACACCAAAUCAAUCAACAAAAGAGGCAGAGUGAGAUAAAACACAAAGUAGUAAGAGCAAUCAUGGGACUGACCAAACCUAAAGUGCCGUUCCAUGUAUCAACCAUUAAGAAGCCACAGCAUGAGUACAACAUCUUUGUUGACAAUACUAACUUACCAUUCAAUCACGUUUGGCUAAAGUGGAGUCAUGGAGAGAAACGGUUUAUUCACCCACUGGAAAGCCUCUCUGUUAUGAGUUUUGUUGAUACAGAUGUUGGGGAUGUUGUGCCAGUGAAGGCCCCCCCAAUAGAAAGCACCCCUUUCAAGCUUGUGGAGACCGUCCAAGAUUUGAAAGAGUUGGCUGCUAAGCUGCAUUCUGCUGAUGAAUUUGCAGUUGAUUUGGAGCAUAAUCAAUAUCGCACUUUCCAAGGCUUGACUUGCCUGAUGCAAAUCUCAACAAGGACUGAAGAUUUUAUUGUUGACACUUUGAAACUUCACAGUUCUAUUGGGCCCUAUUUGAGGGAAGUCUUCAAGGACCCUUCCAAGAGAAAAGUUAUGCAUGGAGCGGACAAUGAUGUUGUGUGGCUUCAACGAGACUUUGGAAUCUACAUUUGUAAUUUGUUUGACACUCACCAGGCUUCAAAGGUGUUAAAAUUGGAGAGGAAGAGUUUGGAGUAUCUUCUUUGUCAUUUUUGUGACAUUACUGCAAACAAGGAAUACCAGAGUGCAGAUUGGAGACUACGCCCCCUUCCUUAUGAAAUGCUAAGAUAUGCCAGAGAAGAUACACAUUAUCUGCUAUACAUAUAUGAUUUCAUGAGGAUUGAGUUAUUUUCCAUGCUUAAGGAGCCUGAAAGUGUUGACGCUCCACUGGUAGAGGUCUACAAGUGCAGUUAUAAGGUCUGCAUGCGCCUAUAUGAAAAAGAACUUCUGACAGAGAAAUCCUUCCUUCGUAUAUACGGGUUGCAAGGCGCUGGUUUCAAUGCUCAACAACUUGCCGUUGUUUCGGGUUUGUUUAAAUGGCGUGACUUUGUUGCCCGUGUAAAGGAUGAUAGCACGGGAUAUGUAUUGCCAAAUAAAUCUAUUCUUGAAAUUGCUAAACAGAUGCCUGUCACUGCAAACAACCUUCGUCUAUUGGUGAACUCGAGGCACCCAUAUGUUGAACACAAUUUGGAUAGUCUUGUCAACAUAAUUAGGCAUUCUAUUCAGAAUACUGCGGCAUUUGAAGAAAUUGCUCAAUUAUUGAAAACAGGACAUGAUGUUGCUACCAUUGCUCAACAAUUGACUCGACAUCCUGCCCAGGAACAUAACAGGCACCCCAUUAGGAUCGGCAGCCAAGUGAUGGAGGGUAAUUUUCACAAAGUAUUAGGUUCAAAUAUCAUUCAUCAUUGGCGGAGGCAUGGUGUUGAAAGUCAUCAAUUGUUUGACUGGCAACAUGUGCUUGUGCACUUUUCAACUCCUGUUGUACAGUCCUGCCGCUACUAUUGAAGAAGCCACGACAAGCCAUUAGAAUUGGCAGAGUGAUUGGAGGAGGGUUUAGGUAGUUUUCACGAAGUAUUAGGCUCACAUCUCAUUCACCAGUGGUGG